AGCGGUCCAUUAGCUGCUCCAUGAGUCGGGGAGGUGUCGCCUAAUAAUAACGGACUGGCCGCUUCCAGCCAUCCACUCGCAGAUAUACCUUUUAGUAGCUUAAGGGUGUGAACAUUUCGACGUUCACUGCUCGGUUUUAUAAACUAGGCUACUGUAUUCGAUGAAUAUCGGGAUGAUUUCCCUCAGCAGCUCCCUGCUUGGAUAACCUUAUCGCUGUGCUGUGUGGAUGCUCCGGAUAACGGGUCUCCCUACCAUUCCCGACCAGAGCUGUCUUGGAAAUGAAAGUAAAUGAUUGACUGGACAGGCAGUGAAUGCUAGAUGCACAAGUCACUGACCUCACACUGUCAACCACAGAAGAGCAGCUGGAUGUAGUUACCUGGCCAUCGUUAAGUUGACAGGACCAUCCUGGAUUGUGUACCACCGUUCAACUACGGUAUUAUUGUUCAGCAGACGUGUCCUGGACAUACACAAGGAUUCCUCAUCUAUGUGAUUUUUGUCUGACCAAACAUUUUUCUACAGAAUGCCAAGGCUUUCCCUUGCCCUAUAAGGAACUAGUAUUCUGGUCAGCUUUUUACUCUGAGAUGUUGUUGUUUUCCAACAGAGUGAAGAGGAGCCUGUAAUUGUGAUGAGGAAGACAGGGACUGUUUCUGUUCAUCAGAGGAACCUGGCGUUCAGCCUGUUAGAGCCACGAAAUCUCCAAGGGAGGAAAUAUUCUCAGACAUCACUUGGAAAUUGGAAUUUUCAAUAAGUGGCUUCUCUCUGUUUUUCCCUUCCUUCCACCUCCGAGACAACUGAGUUUUUAAUCUACCACUGCACCAUGUCUCUAUCGAAGUGGAGGAAGAUCAGGGCAUUUACUGUGUUUUCAUGCAUUGUAACUUUCACCACAUUCCUCUUCAGUUACACGUUGAGAGAUCCCUCUCUGUACUUCUUCAAAUACGCCAUCCGCAAGUCGGACAGCUUCUUCUCUAAGGGCCAGUGUGGCUGUCGACAGUGUAUGACCGAGCUGGAGGACGACCCCUGGUUCACUGAGAGGUUCAACCUGUCUGUCCAUCCUCUGAUGUCUAGGAGGAACAGCCUGCUGACUGACGACACGUACCGCUGGUGGCAGUGGUUGCAGGCAGAGCAAGAGCCGGCCAACUUCAGCGAGGUGGUGGAGAAGUUGUUCCAGGUCAUCCCUGAUGCUGACCUUUACAUGGAUGCGGGCCCUGAGCGCUGUAGGACCUGUGCUGUGGUGGGGAACUCUGGGAACCUUAAGGGCUCCCGCUACGGAGCCCUCAUCGACUCCAGUGAUGUCAUCAUCAGAAUGAACAUGGCUCCUACCUCUGGCUAUGAGGAGGAUGUUGGGAGCCGGACCACACAUCACGUCAUGUACCCAGAGAGCGCCAUAGAUCUGGACAACACCACCAGUCUUCUGCUCAUCCCCUUCAAGACUCUGGACYUGCAGUGGAUCACCAGUGCCUUGACUACAGGCUCCAUCAAACAAACGUACAUUCCUGUCCAGUCCAGGAUUAAGGCAAACAGGAACAGGGUGUUGAUAUACAGCCCGACCUUCUUUAAAUAUGUCUAUGACGCAUGGCUGGAGAGUCAUGGCCGGUAUCCCUCCACUGGCUUCCUCAGCCUAUUGUUUUCCAUUCAUAUCUGUGAUAAGGUGAGCCCAUCCACUUCCUUUUGUUGUUACGGGUUCGGAGCGGAUCAGUACGGGAACUGGCACCACUACUGGGAAGAGAAUCACCAGGGAGGAGCAUUCCGCCACACCGGGGUGCAUGAUGCUGACUAUGAGUACAACGUUACCCUGCUUCUGGCUACAAAACACAAGAUCAAGAUUUUCAAAGGCUUCUGAUGUCUGGAGAUGUCACUGGCCUGAGACCAUCAAGCCUCUUGAAUGAAAUUCUGUCGACUCAGAGGUUAACCACGGCAUAAAACUGGUUGAAUCAACAUUGUUUCAACGUAAUUUGUCAACGUAUUGUGACGUGGAAUCUGUGUAAAAUUC